AUGUUCCUUGAUCGAUAUUGUCGUCGCCGCUGCUGGAUUGUGGGUGGUACUGUGGUGUCGAUUGCUGUCAUAACAAUGAUACUUAUCCCUCCCCCCAGAGCGACCCCUCUAUUUUUUACAGAGAAUGUAAUCCAGGUGAGAAGAGAAACCGAUGAAGUUACAGGACUAAAGAACACAGAAACAGAAUUGAUUCAAAGGCCAAGCUUCACUCUCAAGGAACCACAAUUACUAAACUCUCCACCGCCCACACCGAGUAUAUUUACUUACGUAGAAGAACCUCCCAUUGAGCACGAAAUGAAGAGGUUAAUGACGGCGCUUUCAACGCAAGGGGCUGUUUGCUCUGAUGUACGCCGAAUAGGGGGCUUACCGCAAGGUCCUCAUGGGGCCCCUCGUCCGCUUGGCCCUGAUGGGAUGUGGUAUGUUUGUUUUGACGAGGAGGUUCACAUAGAGCCUGGAUGGUGUAUCGUUUACUCAUUUGGAAUAGGGGAUGACUUUUCCUUUGAUGAAAAAAUGGUCGAACAUGGCUGCAGAGUGUUUGCUUUUGAUCCAUCCAUGGGAAAAGAAGACCAAAAUCACAGUGCUGGCGUAAUGUUCUAUAACCUUGCCCUGUCAAACGAGAAUCGGGAAGGACAAAAGAAUCCUCCACCUAAUAACCCAUUUGAUAAGAUUGGAUGGAAAAAAAGAACGCUAGCCGCCAUUUUACAGGAACUAGGACACCAUAAGGGAGAAAUCGACAUUCUAAAGAUGGACAUUGAGUCUGAUGAAUGGAAAUGCUUACGUCAUAUGCUGAGCCAAGGCACUUUAUUACGUCACGUUAGACAGCUUGACGUUGAGUAUCACGUGAUCAAGGGCACGCCAGAGGCGCUGAGGCAGUAUUACAGCAUAGCAAAGUGGCUUGAGAGACAAGGAUUUAGAAUAUUCCAUUCCAGAAGAAAUCCCUACUGCCAGGAGUGUUGGGAAAUGUCAUAUAUUAACUCUAACUUAGUAAACUUGACAUUAAAUUGA